CCUGUAGUCAGGAUUGAACCCAGUUCUCUGGUGCUGUAAGGCGACAACACUACCGCUGCAUCACUGUGCCACCCCCAAAAGAAGACAAAAGACUGUAAGAUAAGGUCAGUGUGGACAAGUUGGGCUGAAGGGCCUGUUUCCACGCUGUAGGACGCUGUGAGUCUAUGGCCCGUAAUUGGCCGUGUGAUGGAUCAAAUUACUCUUUUAUGGCUACUAUGGUUUAUAAAGGACCACUACAUUAUGUGCCAGACCUAUUAUAAAUAAUAAAGAGUCGGCUGUUAAUUAGUCGGGAGCGCAAAUAAAUAUUUAAUAAAUCAAGUGAGAUUUGUCAGUGGUCAAUAUCAAAGUACAGAUUUUACCUCAUGAUGCUGUGGUCCGCUCCACCUGGUGAGCCAAUUGCUGAACCAGUGGGAUUUCAGAACGAUCACAUUGAUGAUUAUCAGUUUUAACAUACAGUAGAACACAGAACAGUACAGCACAGGAACCCGUAGAACACAGAACAGUACAGCACAGGGACAGGCCCUUCGGCCCACAAUGUCCACGACAAACAUGAUGCCAAGAUAAACUACUCCAAUAGAGUGAUGGCGUAAUAUUGCACUAAAACACGCCCUUCGGCCCAACUCGUCCAUGCAGAUCAAGACACCCGAUCAAAGAUAGUUCCACUUGUCUGCAUUUGACCCAUAUUCCGUUCCUAUCCAUGUACCUGUCCAAGUGAUACUUAGUCUAGUAUAGUUUAACUUAGAAAUACAGCGUGCAAACUGGCCCUUCGGCCCACCGAGUCUGCACCGACCAGCGAUCACCCUGUGCACUAGUUCCAUCCCACACACUAGGGACAAUUCACAGAAGCUAAUUAAACCACAAACCAAAUCUUUGGAGUGUGGGAGGAAACGGAGCACCCAGGAAAACCCACGUGGUCACAAGGAGAGGGUACAAACUCCAUACAGACAGCACGCAUCGUUAGGAUCAAACCCGGGUCUCUGGAAAUGAAAAGACUUUAGACUUCACCUUUACUUUAGAGAUACAACGCAGAAACAGAUCCAUCAGCUCACCGAGACUGUGCCGACCAGCGAUCAACCCAGACACUAGGGACAAUUUAUAAAUUUACCAAAAUCAAUAACCUACAAACCUGUACGUACUUUUAGUGUGGGAGGUCACAAAUGGGCAUCACAAUUAGGUUUUUAAAUUGUACGGUGUAUCUCUAUUGUUUAUCCUUCUUAUCAGCAUGCGUAAGGGAGUGCAUAUAAAAUAACAGACAGAAAAACAUCAAGUACACAAAUUUGUCCAAAAGGGCUGUGAUCCAGAGUCCCGUAGUGGAAUCAAUGGCACUGCCCUUUUGUUUCCAUAAUUAUUUUCCCUAGUCAAAGGCGUCCCUUUGCAAUUUCUAAACCUUCCCUUGUCUGACAAGUCUGUUCUGUUUACUAGAAUCUUUAAUUCUUUUUGGACCAGAAUUUACAAGCUGCCAUGUGAGCAGUACUAUUAGCUCAGGCAUUCCCCUGGGAGAUUUUGUCAUGGCCACUCAAAUGGGUAUUGCACUUAAUAAUGGCUAGAUGGGCUGGGAAGGCCAAGGCUAGUGUAGUUGUCAGCGUUGUCUUUAAGUUGUGAAAGUCGUCUUCUUGUUGGAAAGAGAGUUAAAAUGAAUAAGAAUUAACCAAGCCCACAAAAAGCUUCAUCUGCUAGGAAUGGGCAGGUCGGUAUGAUUCACAAUAGGAUGGCCCAAUUCUAUGUCAAUCAGGAUCCUGGGCACUGUGAAUAGACUUUGAUCCAGAUUGUGAUUAGUCAGACUUCCUGUCAAUCAGGAUCUUGCCACGCCCCACAACCAUUGGGUCACUCACAAACUCUCCUCAAUGUCUUUCUCUCGCUCCUGCAGAGACGAGCUGUUUGCAAAAAGUGAUUCAAAGUUCGAAGGUCUAAGUAGUCUCAGCAGAAUCGGAACACAGGCAAACGGAAAAAUUGGAAGCAUGUUCAACGUCGGCAAACGGCACGAAACGGGCUCCGCCAAGAGUGGAGAGGAAUCAUUUUACCCAUGUGAACACCUACGCUGCGAUCUAUGGGAAGAGAUGCAGUACGAUGUAACGCCAGACUACAAGUUUCUACGGGCAGGGGAAAGCGACCGGGCUCGCUUCCAGCCGACACACCUGUCCCACGUCACCACCUUUACCGGUGCCCAAGGAAUCUGCUCCAGCCGCUCUUUCACCAGCCAGACUCCGAAGAACAUUGGAGUGUAUGAACAUUUCUCGUGGUGGAGUCUUGAAAUAUCUGAAAAUGAGAAGGAGAGAGAGAAAAACAAGUACCAAGAGAUCAUAGAAGCCAAUGGUUGGCCUUCAGACACAAUACAUCAAUUCUUCAACUCACCUCCUUUCCAAGAGGAAUCUCGAUACGGGAAUUUCAAGUUCACCUACGACAUGGAGAGUCUGUUCGAGAUGUACGAGAACUCGGUGUGUGGCGGCAGGCGAGCUGAGUUCCGGGUCCUGGGCACCUUCACAUACAAGCAGGAGGUCAUGCACGCCGUGGUGGUGUGUCCCUCAGAUGUUGCUCCCUUGUUCAGCAGCUGCCCCCUCGUUGGCAACGACAUCCAGGCGGUCGUUUCCAAAUCCGACCACGGUUGGAUGUGGAGACCCGAUUCAACCCGAAACAAGUUGAAGCCUUACUGCUGCUGGGAUCACGUCUCCUUGGCUUUCUACCUGCCCCGCGGGAACCCGGAGUUCCCGCUCCCUCCCGGAUUCCCGCCAGUCACCUGCUGCAAGGAGUCGCGGCGGAUUCUUUUCCCUCAGUGCAGCAUUAAACCGGAGUGUGAAUUUCAUCAGUGCUUGGAGAUAUUGCGAGAGACCUGGGAAGCGAGUGGCUGAGCUGAAAAUUCACUUACCUCAGAAUUCGUUAGAUAUGUAGGAAAGAACUGCAGAUGCUGGUUUACAUAGAAGAUAGACACAAAGUGCUGGACUAACGCAGCGGGACAGGCAAUAUCUCUGGAGAAAAAUAAUAGGCAAUAGGUAAAAACAAUAGGUCUCGACCUAGAGAUUCCGUUUCUCCAGGGACGCUGCCUGAUCCGCUGCGUUACUCCAGACACUUUGUCAAUCUUACGAGUUGCUUAGAAACAUAAGUUUAGUUUAUUGUCACGUGUACAAAGGUACAGUUUGAAGCUUUUGUGGCGUGCUCGUCAGUCAGCAGAAAGACUAUACAUAGAAACAUAGAAAAUAGGUGCAGGAGUAGGCCAUUCGGCCCUUCGAGCCUGCACCGCCAUUCGAUAUGAUCAUGGCUGAUCAUCCAACUCAGUAUCCUGUACCUGCCUUCUCUCCAUACCCCCUGAUCCCUUUAGCCACAAGGGCCACAUCUAACUCCCUCUUAAAUAUAGCCAACGAACUGGCCUCAACUACCUUCUGUGGCAGAGAAUUCCAGAGAUUCACCACUCUCUGUGUGAAAAAUGUUUUCCUCAUCUCGGUCCUAAAAGAUUUCCCCCUUAUCCUUAAACUGACCCCCUUGUUCUGGACUUCCCCAACAUCGGGAACAAUCUUCCUGCAUCUAGCCUGUCCAACCCCUUAAGAAUUUUGUAAGUUUCUAUAAGAUCCCCCCUCAAUCUUCUAAAUUCUAGCGAGUACAAACCGAAUCUAUCCAGUCUUUCUUCAUAUGAAAGUCCUGACAUCCCAAGAAUCAGUCUGGUGAACCUUCUCUGUACUCCCUCUAUGGCAAGCCACCCACUGUGCAGAUUAAAAUCAAGCUACCCACUGUGUGCAGACACAGUAUAAAUCAAAGAUCCUAGAGCAGAGCUCUGGUAUAAAUGGUAUAACGUUUAAUGCACGAUAAAGUCGAAACAAGUUUGAUUAAAAAUAGUCCCAGUCUCCAAUGAGGUAGAUGGGAGGUCAGGACAGCUUUCCUGUUGGUGAUAGGUCGGUUCAGUUGCCUGAUAAUUGCUGGGAAGAAACUGUCCCUAUAUCUGGAGGUGUGCCUUUUCACAUAUCUGUACCUCUUGCCUGAUGGGAGAGGGGAGAAAAGAUCUUGUAAAAUCUACCCUCCUCACUAUCUUUACUGCUGGCUCCAGUCGCAAAUCUGAGUUUUUGAGUGAUCUGUGCAAGGCAUUCAUUGAUCUGGAAUUCCACUGUGGAAAUUGGAAAACAAAUCUCUCAGAGGUUUUUUAGAGAAAUACACAGAGGAACAUAUACCGAGCGAGACAUAAUUACGGAAAAAUUAUGUUGACAGCAACUUCAACAUUGUUGUGCAGAAAAUUGGAAAUGAAUUUGCAUGCACCAAAAUAUGGAUCUCAAUAGACGAGACAACUGAUGCUGUGGGGAGAUAUGUUGCCAAUGCGGUCAUCGGUAAACUGGAGGCAGGUCAACCAUCAAAGGAGUAUUUGUUGACAUCGGAAGUAUUGGAGAAGUCAAACAGCUCAACAAUUGCUCAGUUGUUUACAUCUUCACUUGUCAUCAUUAGUGGCUUGUUUACAAAUGUAAAUCGCCUAGUUUCCAAUGUCAAGAAAAUCCUCCUCAAAGCACCGUCACGUGUGCAGUUGUUCAAGGAAAUGGCACCCAAGAUUCCGCUACCUCCUCAGCCCGUUAUGACUAGGUGGGGUACAUUGGUCUCUGCUGUACUCGACUAUGCUGCAAAUUUUGAAAAGAUAAUUCGUCAACUGUUUUGAAGAAGAAGAAUCUGCUGCAGUCAGGAUCCUCAGCGAAAUCAUGCAGAAAAAGUCUCCCUACCACGAUCUUCUGUUUAUUGCUUCCAAUUUUGUAAACUUCCCACAAGCUAUCACUUCCCUUGAAAAACGUGGCGAAACAUUAGUGAAUAACUUGCAGGUUCUCAACAAAGUAACUGAAGAUAUUUGUAAAGUUCCUGGCGAUGUAGGUAAAGACAUACAAGAAAAAUGUGAGAGAGUGAUUUUAGGUAACAAAGAUCUUGAGGACAUACAAAACAUAGCUAAAGUUCUCAAAGGUAGUUGUUAUGCACAAAAUAUGGACACAAAUAUAGAGUCUGUAGCUUGUUUCGGGUAUGCACCAGUGACCUCAGCUGGGGUAGAAAUAAGUUUUUCACAACUGAAGCAUAUAAUGUCUGACAAACGGCAUAAUUUAACACCAGAUAAUUUGAAAAAAAUGCUAGUAAUUAUAUGCAGCCAGGCAACUUUGGUCAUAUAAUGUGGUAUACCUUUAUAUUAUUAGUUUUAACCAUAUUUAGGUGUUGGAAAUACAUGCCUUUUUAUGCCUGAUUUUGUCAAUAAAUUCCUUUUUUGUGCAUUUUUUGUAAUAUUAUUAUGCCUAUUUGCCUGCCUAUUUCAGAGAUUUUUAGCGCCUAAACAUCCUGGCUCUAGUUAUCAACUUCAAAUGGGUGGUGGCUUGGUUUGUGUUCCAUUUUAUGGUCUAUGGGUGUGCUCUACAUAUGCAAAUGAAUUUACCUUUAGAAACUCUGUAUGCCACACAAUUUUACUAUCAAUACAUUGUUGUAUGUGUCAUUACUGACAUUUGGAUGACUUUAACCUUCAAUAAAGUGUGUUAAUAGAU